AUGUUCUCUUACAACUUCAAACUCCUCGCACUCGUUGUGGGGUUCUUCGCAACCGCCCAACUCUGCUUGGCGUACCCACAACAUGUCGGCAAUCAUGACAACAACUUCGACCACUACGAGCUCGCCGUGUUGCACACCGCAACGAUGCCAGUCGACCCGCUACCCACUACGGUCACUGCUGACCCACUCAAGACCAAGUCAGCACCCAAGCUCACUCAACGGGAUCAAAUCAUCAUCAUCUCCGUCGUCGGAACCGUUACCUUCGCCGCUCUCGGCGUGCUCCUCUACAAGCUGAGGUCGUGUGCCCGUCCGCCAACCGAUACCCCGCAUCCUGCGCCCAACACACCCACGCGUCGCAGUCAAGAAGCUAUGGAGUAUAUGGAGAACGGAGAGAAGGUCGGAGCGACACAUCAGCUACCAGAGCUCACUCGCUUUCCCAGUCGUCUCGCUAACACUCUCUGUCUUGGGCUGUUUGCGACAGGAAAUCUUGUGUGUCUCCUUCAGACGUCUUUUCAUAUACCUAUGGACGCACAUUCCGAUCCGGAGGAGUUCUACGUGAAGCAGGACAGAAUCGGAAAAGGAUCGUUUGGAGAAGUUUUCAAAGGCUAUGAUAAACGAACACAAAAGACGGUCGCGAUCAAGAUAAUAGACCUGGAAAGUGCAGAGGACGAGAUCGAGGACAUACAGCAGGAGAUCCAGAUUCUAUCCCAACUUGAUUCCCCUCAUGUCACCAAGUAUUAUGGAUCCUACCUCAAGGGUUCCCACCUGUGGAUUGUCAUGGAAUACUGUUCUGGUGGUUCAUGUUCUGAUCUUAUGAAACCAGGUGUAUUUCGAGAAGAGUACAUUGCGAUCAUGAUCCGCGAACUCCUCCGUGGGCUGGAUUAUCUCCAUACAGAGGGCAAACUCCAUCGAGAUAUCAAAGCCGCCAACAUCCUUCUCUCGGCCACGGGCGAAGUCAAACUCGCCGACUUUGGUGUUUCAGGACAACUCUCAGGUACCUUAUCCGCCAAGAAAAAUACCUUCGUUGGAACACCAUACUGGAUGUCGCCCGAAGUCAUCAAGCAGAGUGGAUACGACCACAAGGCAGACAUCUGGAGCUUGGGCAUCACGGCGAUCGAACUGGCCAAGGGCGAGCCUCCUUACGCCGAAUUACACCCCAUGAAGGUUCUCUUCCUCAUACCUAAGAACCCUCCUCCACAAUUAGACCCGAGCUUCUCGAGGCCCUUCAGGGAGUUCGUCUCCUAUUGUUUGCAAAGAGAUCCACGAGACAGACCAAGCGCUCGUGAUCUCCUGAAGCAUAAGUUUGUACGUAUGGCGAAGAAGACGAGUUACCUGACGGAGCUCAUCGAGCGACACGAACGAUGGAAGGCGGAAGGUGGAGAACGGGCAGACGAGGAAGCGCAGGAACGGGUGGAUGACCUAGUAGGACAGACGGACCCGGAAGACCUCUGGGACUUUGGCACAGUUCGCAAUACCGCCGCCCGUCCAGGGACAAUCGGACGCGCAAACCCCAACCCAAUGCCAGUCUCAGGCCCACCUUUAACCUGGGAAUACAACGGUGAUAGCGUACGAUCGACUGACUCUGGUGGCUCAGGAUCGUCCGCGCAAAUCAACAUCAAUGGUGGCCGAAGGGGAGGCAGUUCAGGUUCGGACUCGAAUACGUCGAUAUCGUCGUCCAUCACGGCGAAGGGAGACCAUCUACCGCCGAUACCGCAGGGACAGGUGCCAGGCAGAUUUGAUCAUCAGGCCACGGUGCGACAUGGGCUUCCCGGGGAGAAGGGGUCGAAGAGCAGUAGCAGUGGUGGUGGUGGCGGGCAGAGGAGGGAAGUUGUGGAUGAGUAUGAUGAUUAUGCUGAUGAUCGGGUGCCAGAGGAUGAUUUGGCGGAUACAACGAUGUUGGAUUCGGUCGUUCUGCCGGCGAUUGCUUCGUUGUUCCCCCGUGUCAGCACGCAAGAAGCCCGCGUCGCACUGAGCUCCCUUCAGCGUGCAUUUACGGAGGCCGAACGUAUCAUUCCUGGUGUGACCAUGGAGCUGGUCAACGAGAUCGUAGACUCCGUCGAGCACGUUGAAGAUGAGCGAUGA